AGGCAGCACAUUCGCCAGAAACCACCGUGGAAACCACGGACUCGUUGGCAGCUCCAACCAUCGACGCUUCGCCCGAAAACAUCAGUCCUAGCGAGUCGGGGGAUGUUCCAAUCGAGACGGGCCAACAAGCCGCUAGCAGCAAUCAACAAGGCGAGGAACCGGUUUCAAACGACGAGAAACAUCCCGUGGCCUCGCCGCUUGAAAGCACCGACGAGACCACGCCCCCCGCGGACGACGYGGCAUCCGAAUCGACCGAUGGGAGCRGGAUGGAGGACAUAUCACUCGAGAUGGACCAGCAAGCCGCUAGCGAGGGACYAGCGGCAAACGAGGAUCAGAACYYCGUGGCCUYGCCAGUAGGAACCARCGAGGAAGCCGCGGAGUCUGUAAUAGCCCCGACGGGCGAUGCGAAACCAACAGAAGCAAAGACCCAGCCGCCACCCGCYGCCGCAUCCAGCCCUGGGACCCUCGGAGAUGGCAAGGGGCAGACUGCAGCGGGAACCAARCCCGGGCCUACGCCACCAGCACCGUUGGCAAGCGCUGCCAGCCGCGCCGGUGGUGAGACCGGCAAUCCCAUGAACAGCCCGAAGAUAGCCAACCGGUUCGCGAGCCUGAAGAACAUGGCCGGGAGUAUCCAGCUGCCGCAGAAAAAGGCGGGAGCCGCGAAUCGAUUCGCGAGCUUCAAGAGCAUGGCGGGGAAAGUCGGGGCCAAGGCAAAAGCAGAACUCGCCAAGGGAAAAGCGGAGCUCGCCCCGAAGGUCUCCCAGCAGCUCGCGGGGGUGCAGCUGUCGAAACGCCUCGCGAACGUGGCGGAUUGGGCCGAGGGCAACACCAAUCCCGGCAGGCCGAACCGCAACGCUGUUCCGUCGAAGGAUGCGGCCCAUCCUCCCAGAAGCGCUCCCCCUUCUGCUGUYCCUAAACCCCAGCCGCAAACCGACGCCAAGACUCCUCCCGCCCCCGUCGUGGCCGAGCUUCCUGCCGAGUCCACCGCCAAUCUCUCCUCGACAAUCUCCCAGACAGGCAUUUUGCGGGGCGAUUCGGAAGGUUCCGUGCCGACGCCAUCCGCUCGGCAGGCUGGAGUUCUCGGUGCAAGCAACGCCGAUGCGCAAAAAGCGAUUGCAUCAUCGAACACGACUGCAUUUGCUGCUCCAGARCUGUCAAAAACUGGGCAAGCAUCGCUGCCAUCGCAAGAGGAGCACCCAUCGCCUUUGAAUACGCCGCAUGAGCCAAACGAAGAUGCCAAAGAUACAUCAGAUUCGAACGAGGUUGUACUUACUGAUUCUACACAAUCCRUUCCAUCACCAUUCGUGGAGGAAGAAUGUUUAGCCCAAUCAUCAUCCAGUGCAGUCGAUACGGAUGAUGCACUGAAGACCGAAAAAUCUUUUAUGAGCAGCGAGGGAUCAGSAGACRACGACACAUUAUCAUCCCCCAYCYMAAAUGAACCUAUGAAAAGUCCUCCUGUAAGCGACCAAUCUUCUUCUAAAGACGAUGGCAAUCCAUCUUCGUCCGAGAUAGAAAUCCAGAAAGAAACAMAUGGAAAGAACGGCGCGACGGAAACUCAUCCCGCUGGAUCCAUACCCUCACAAUCUACACCCCCGUCCGAUCAGAUCGAGGUGCUCCAGAAAGARCUGCAUGCCGCGCACACCCUGAUCAUGCAGCUCCAACACCACGAGAAUGUCGAGGAAGAGCGACCGGGGGAUGCGGUGAUGGUGGAGCUCCAGGCCAGCCUACAAAAAGAAAUGAACCGCCGGGCCGAGGCCGAGGAGAAAGCACGUGUUGCCAUGGCGCAAUCCCAGAGGAUCGGAGAGGAAUACAAGCUCUUCAAGAUCGAAUCAAAAGCCAACCUGGACGAUCUGACHAAUAAACUCGAAWCCCUGACCCAAGAAAAGGACGCAUUUGAGAAGGAGCUGAUAGACAUUCGCGAGGAGCGUGACGAACAGGCUCGGAAGGAAAUGGCUCUGACGACGCGCCUGAAUGCGGCGAAAAAGAAGGAAGCCGUGAAAGCAAACGCUGCCGAACACUACGAAGAACAAGUAGACCAAUUGGAAUCUUCCGUGAAAGACUACAAAACCCAGGUCGAAUCAUUGUCGGCGGAGCGCACACAGCUGCAAGAGGAACUGGAAGAAUGGAAGCAAUAUGCCGAGAAGCGCACGGAGCAGCUCGAAAACAACCUGAAAGACGAAAAGAAACUCAACGACGAACGAAAGCGGAAGAUGAAAGCUUUUGUCGAGGCCAAGACGGAAGAGGUGCGCCUGGCAAAAACAGACUAUUUGUCGCUGCAAACGGAAAUGGACCAAAACACGCACUCUCUCAAGGAACUCAACCAGCGAUACAAACAACUCCAUGCGCAGUGGGUGCAAUCGCAGACCCGAAACCGCGAGCUGCAACGCGAUGCAAUGAAAAUGAAGAAAGACUCGGAAAAGAUGCACAAGGUAGGGGACUCAUUGGAAGCCCGGUUGUCUCGUUCCGCGCAACAAUCCGAAGACCACAAAAACAAGCGCAUCCACGCACGAAACGAGCUGAUGUCGGUCCUGGGGCAACUGGAGGCAGAACGAGCCGUUAACAGCCGGUUGCAAGAGUCCAUYAAAUUGACCCUCACUCCGAAGGCGCUGUCGCAGCAGCAAACGAUCCGGGAAGCCCUAGACGAAUUCGAGGGAGCCCUGCAAAAGUUGUCGGUCCGUAUCGGACGCCCUUUGCCGCCACCCAUGUCGAACAGCGCACCGGGUGGGUUCAGCGACGUCCAAAGCACGGACGAUGGGUCCAUCGGUAGGAAUCCAACGAGUGGCGGAACCGCCGACGGGGAGGAAGGCAGCACUCCGUCGGGCGCUGUGUCCCUCUCCGAAGUCAACACGAACCGAGCCAUUCAGCAACUCGAGAAYGAGACCCAGCGUGUCAGCCAGAACAUAAUGGACUUUUCUGCCGGCAUCGAACGCAUGAACAAUUUGCUAAACGGUCCCGGUACGAGGAACUGCGUCGAUGUCCUCUCGCAGCUGCUCUCGAUCAAUGGCACUCCUCCGCCCAUCGGCGAACCAUCCCGUAGGGGUGUUACGAGGGGAGGGCAGCGCUACGGCCAAAUCUGAGGGCCGAUCCAAGACCGCCGGGGACGGUGCAUGCUGUAUUGGUAAAUGCUACCGACACGCGAAAGUCCGAUAUGGUUUUUGUCGCAAACAAUCAACCAACUAGCUAAAUAGAAGACACUAAAAAAG